UAUAAAACAUUAAUCUAUAACAUUGAUGUAUUAAAUUGAUCAUUUUUUGUGAGACCUUUACGUUUGUUUAAUCAGCUGUGUAUCGUUCCGUUGUUAUUUUGAAAGUUCAUUCGACUGAUUGACGAAAAAUACGCGUCACUGAAAACGAUAUUUAAAAUAGAAGAAAAACGAAAUACGGGAGUUUCGGUCAAAAUGAAUUUACUGAGAGUAUUGUUGGUCCUCCUCAUCUCUUCGAGCAGUGUAUUGUGCCGCCGUAUUUACCGCCAGGAUCUAAGGGAUGUUGCCGAGGAACAGUUUCCGAUUUUGAAGAACAUGGAGAAAGUCCGGUCUCUGGGUGGCGGAGGCAGCGACGGGAGACUCGACACGCAGGAGAAUGUGAACGCGAUGACUGAUUUUCCAAUGGAAAAGGUACGUCGGGAGAAUGAACCCGCUUCCGUCGACGUGAAAACCGACGGCAGCACUCCCGCGGCACCCGACGAUGAACGCAAGUUGAAACACCCGAUGAGCGCCGCAAGGCUCGAGGCGACAUUGCGCAAAGCGAUCUUGGAGAUAAUCAUGGGCGAACUCACGACUGCCGACAUGAUGCUGCUGAAGAGCUUGAACUACGACGCAGAACUGGUACGCAAAAUAAGGGAAGAGGAGACGAAGAAGAGGAAAAAUGACCUGGCGGCGAUACACGAGAGAAGAAAUCUGAGGAAUCGCAUCGACGCUGACAUCGAAAAUCUGGAGAAUGAAGAAUCUUCGUCGAAGGUGCAGAAAAUCGAUUACGACGCAUACAACAAUCAAGCGGUUGACGAGUACGAGAAUUCGGCUUCCGUGAACGAAGCGUCAAUUAGAAGGAACGAUUCUCUGGUCGACUACGAAGACGAAACUAAGAGCAGCACCGAAAUCAAGUCAGACGAAUACAACGGACACUCACUAACGGAACCGCGGGUCGUAUUCAGGAUGAGUUACAACGACUCCAAGUCUGACCCGCGUCCCGAAGAGAACCCGACACUGUCUCGCGAGGUAAAUCGUCAGACGACGAUAAACGGGACCGGAAAUAACUUUCCCGCAGCUGUUACUUCCGUUAACUCUUCUCCUGCUCCUGUAGACUAUCAGAUAGUCACGAGCAGAGAGCUCUACAACUUCACGAACAAUUAUUUCAGCAGCACACGGGCACCGGAGGAGAACAAUGAGGUUGACGAACAACACGUCGUCCCGUCAAGGAACCAGACAAAAAUCCUCGAGGCGCCGGUCGACCGUCUUAACCUGCCCGAUCUCAUUUUCCGUAACGAGAGUGCUACCGAUUUACGAAACCGAAACGUCUCAUUCGACGAUCCAGACCUCUCCUCGACCACCGAAACAACAAUUAAUACCGCGGAACCUGCGACGAGGAAGUUGAACGAAAAUCAUACCGUACCUACGAACGGGAGUCAUCGUAUUUACAAAGGCUUGAAGUGGAUCCAGGACGACGUGUAUCAAGUGAUUCCCGAGUACAUCGACUUCGCCGACUCUGAGAACGCGGAAAACGAGACUUCGACCGCAUCGACCGAAGACGUAGUCUACCAGAACGUCGACGAACCCACCUUGAAGAACCAGACGAGCUCGGAUGAAGGUAUGGAAAACGAUGCUACCGAGUCCGUAGACCUGAUCAGAUCCGAACUCAACGGCUUGACGCAGAACUCGGGAAAUUUCUCCUCCGGGUUGCGGAGAACCCUGGCUGAACGUAAAACUGGAAACAUGUCGGCCUCCAUCGACAGCCAGAAGCAAAAAACCAUGGAAGAAAUUAUAAAGAGAGUCUUGUGGGUCACUGGACGUCUGAAUUCCACUCAGCCGCGGAUGGCAAUGUUCUCUCCUACUUGUCAAGUACCUCACAACACCGAUGUCGAGACGUGGCGAGACCCGUACUCCAUAAACAUGGAGUUCCAUUUGAACCUGACAACGGACCAGCAUGUGGUGGCGGCUAAAUUGCGACUCUUUAAAUUGCCCCAAGUCAACGUAACUACAUCAGCGACGAGCCUCGAUGGCGCCGAAGAUGAGGAGAAGAAGAUCAGAAUAUCGGUCUUCUACUACACGAGAUCUCUGAAGAAACAUCGCUCCAAGAAAGUUUUGAUGGAUUCGAAAAUGACUUCGCUGACUGCCACCGGGGAACAUCUGGCUCUAGACGCAAAACAGGGCUUGAGAUUUUGGCGCAGUCACAACUCACACAACCAUGGAAUUCUCGUCCAGGUCGAGGACCAGGAUGGACGCCCCUUGCAGCCGAGUCGCUAUAUACAAACACCGAAUUGCGAAAACUCAACGGAUUCGAACCAGCAGGAUGAUAAGGCAUAUCAACGAGUCCCUGCACUCUUCGUUGGAGCCUGUACUCGUUACGUUCGUUUCGUAGACGGUGAGGUUGUCACCUACGAAGAUUUUCGUCCGUAAUACGACAGCGAACCGACGAAUGAAGAGAUGGUCAUACAGUACUAAGGAUGAAACAGCCAAAUUUAAGCAUUUCUUAUGAAUUCAAGUCAAGUAAAUUACGGACCAACGAUAUAUAUAUAUAUAUAUAUAUAUAUAUAUCAUACAUGGGUUAAACAUAAACGAAUAAGUGAAGAGCGAAUUAUCAGCGCAAAUCAUCGGGGAAAGAAUCUCUUAAAAAUCUUAGCAAUGUAAAAAUAAUAUUCUUCGCUGUAACUGAAAGAAGAAAUAUCGAAUAAUAAUAUAUGAAUACGUACGUGCUUCGUACAGUUUCAGUUAGUGCAACGUACAGACUGUUCUUAACAAUAACUUAAAGAUAAAAAUGCGUUUAAAAAAAUUAACAGUGUCUAGAUAUAGAAGAUAGAUUAUAAAUUUCAUAUUAUUACACACACACACACGAUGUAUAUUACUUAUUUAAUUUUACGUGCUAAUUUUAGAAUAGACGUGACGGUGGUUCCGAAUAUUGUACAUAUAGCAGCAGCAACAUACAUGCAGUUUGAACGUAGUAAAUAUUAUUGUCGUUAUUAGUGAAUGAAUAUUACCAUUACCAUUUUUACUAUUAAUAACAUUAUUAUGAUUAGUACUAUGGCAGUGUUAACGUUGAUAUGUUUACUGUCAUCGUGACUAUUGACGUUACGUUUUCACCUUAAAAAUUUAGAUUAGGAUCCAGAUUUCUUUACAUAGGUACACGAAUACUUAGUUAAUCGCAUAUAACAUACAAGUUUUAUGUACUUUAUUACUUAUUCUCAAUGAUGUUAUAUACAUAUGUAUCGUUAACUUUAAUGAUCAGAGACGUAAGGCCUUAAUAAUUAUUAUAAACUUAUGAUUACAAAGCUAAUUGUAUAGCCUUAUGCCCAAAUUCUUAUGUAACU